AUGAGCACGUUUACUAGUCUACAAUCUGGAAGCCGAAUAGCUGUAGAUCCGUCGGAUCGCACUGCACUUAGUUCAUUUUCUUUGGAUAAAGCGCCACCUAGGGACCCCGGCUCCACAGGGAGAGUGCCGGCAGCAGUGGCAUCAUUUCAACAAAUCGCUGAGUCUCCUCCGCAUCGCGCCUUGGGCCGCCGGCUGCAGGCAGAAGCUGGCCCAGUCCGUGUCUUGACAAGCAUGGACAGCAGUGGCUCGCUCUCUGAAUCUGCAGAACUGCGGCAACCGUCUCAAGUAGCCCCUCAGCGUGUGCCUGGGGAGACCUUCGCUCGACUGUACAUAUUUGACUGGGACAAUACGCUGUGCCCAACUGACUGGCUUUGUGAACUCUACUCACGCUGUGGCCAAAGCUUCUAUACAGCAAAAAGGCCUUGCGCUGCACUGUGCUCUCCUGUGAUUAAAAACCGUUUGGCUGUACUUGAGAGCAGCGUCCGACGGCUUUUGCAGAAAUGUACAGAACGCGGUCAAGUGACAAUCCUUUCCAAUGCUACCUCCAUCGGUCUUCUCAAGACCCUUCGGAUCCUCCCGCUUGUACAACGAACGCUUACUGAGCUCAAGGUUCAGGUUGUAUCGGCUCGGGACAUGUGUGAGCCUCGCGGACUUCCACUGGAGAAGUGGAAGGACACCGCCCUUAUCCGACUGGUCGCGGCCUUUAUAAACAAACGCCCGCAGCAAAAGCAUUCCAUUAUGACAAUUGGAGAUCAGCCGCUGGAGCAUAUUGCGUUGCACAACGCAGCUAACCAUUUGCAACUAAGCUGCGGAUGGGAGUGCCACCCGAAAUGCAUAAAAUACGUGGAAAGCCCGUCUUUAGAAGCCCUCACGCGGCAGACGCUGUUCUUGACAGAACUACUCGACAGGCUUGCUGACGAGGAGAGCGGGACGUUCUGCAUGCAGCUAACAGAUGUAUUCUCAGGGGAUGCGUUACCACCUGCGCGCUGCUGA